GCUGGUAUUUAUUUCAGUUAAACAGUAAACGGUCAAUGUAUAAAGAAUUUUUAAGAAUAUUCUAAUAUUUAUUUCUAAUCGUUUGUAUGAUGUGUAAAGGGAAAAUAAGUAAUAAUUAAAUAGUAAUUAUUCUUCAAUAAAGAUGGAAAAUCAACAAAAGGAAAGCGUUAAGUUAUCUUUAGAGAAUAAGGACGUCAAAAAAGAAAAGGAAAAUAAUGAUUUCAUCAAAAAAUUUGCAAAAGAUCUUCUUACUUGUCCUUUCUGUUCUGAGGAAUAUUUGUUCGAUUUCACUAUGAGAGAACAUUUAGAACGAAGACAUGGCUCGGAGAUUGAACAACUUGAUUCAUGGCCCGUUGAGCAAUUCCACUGCCCAUACUGUCGGGCAAUGUUCUAUUAUUCUAAUCUAAUUCCGAAGCACAUUCAUUUUUCACAUGGCAAGGAUUUAUUAGAUGCUUGGCUCAACUCGGCAAAUAAUUUUGAGAAAUAUAAAAAAGACAAGGAAAAUCAGAACGAACCAAGUGUAAAAUUCCUAGACUGCUCUCCAUGUCUAAGUAUUUUAUUUGAUAAUUUAGAUACUUGUGAUAGCAUUAAAAAGUUCAAACGUGAUUUGGGUAGUGUUAAUUCAACUCCAGUGUCACAACCAAGAAGCAUCUUAAAGCGAACACCAUAUUCGGGAAAAAUUGUGAUUUCAUCUCCUCAGUCUGCAGCCCUUCAUCGAACAAUCAACUCUUUAAAGCGUUCAUCAUCAGCACGGAGAAAAUUGCGAUUUGAUUUGCCUCCUCUUAAAGCUUCACCACAAAAUAGUCAAGAGAGUAGCAAGAAAGAGUCUAAUUUUGUUUUAGAAACUCCACCUAAAAAGAAGAAAUCCUGGCUGUUCUGUACAUCAAAAAAUAGCCCUUCGCCAAUCAAUAGCAAAAUUAAGAAGAAAUUACGAACAAAGGCUUGUAAAUUAUCAAACAGAUCAGCAAAUCAAAUGAUCACAAGCACACCGAUAACUUGUCUCGAUGACAGUGACAACCAAUGUGAUGAAUUUGACAAUUCAAUUGGAAGCAACUGGAAGUCAGCAUUAAAAACUUCAGAUUUUCGUCCACUUUUUCUUACAGCUGAACGCUUCCAAUGUAACUUUUGUCAAGUGAAAUUUUCAUGUAAUGCUGAACUAUUAUUUCAUCAGAAGACAAAUCACAGAAGAAUCUCAUUUCUUCCUCCAUUUAAAUGUGGACAAUGCGAGACAACAUUUUAUCGAAAUGUAUAUCUUGUGCGUCAUUGUCAACAACAACAUAUUCCUUCCUGUUAUUAA